AUGUAUCCAUUUGAACGAUUCAUGGGUGAUUCAAAGCGAUCUGUGAAAAAUAAGGCGAGAGUUGAGGGAUCAAUAUGUGCACAUUAUUUACAUCGAGAAACUUCACAUUUUUGCUCACAUUAUUUCAAUCAUAUGAUGUUGACUCCGAGAAUCAUAAGGAAUGAAGUUCACUUUAGUGAAAGAAGUCAAUUCACCUUAUCGGUUUUUGGCCGUCCCGGUCGUCCUUCUGGAAAGACAAGUGUGCAUUGGUUGUCCGAAAAAGAAAUGCAAUCUGCUCAUGUUCAUGUGUUGAUUAACUGCGUUGAAGUUAAACCAUAUCUUGAGGCAUUUAAUACUUAUUAUUUUCAAAGCACGGGUGAACAACCAUCGACAGGUUACACACAUGCCUAUUUUCCAGCAUGGUUCAAGCAACAGUUAUAUUGCAUUGUUGCACCAAGUCUUGAAAUAAUUCAUUUGAGAAGUUUAUCUGAAGGCCCUCAUCAGCGUGCAAAUGAAUGGCACACUUACUUUGUAAACGGAUAUAAAUUCCACACUCAAACAUGGACAGAAGGGAAGAAAACAAUAAACAGUGGUGUAGUUGUAAAAGGAGUUACAGAGGGUGGUGAGGACGACUUUUAUGGUGUUGUCACACAUAUUUAUGAGUUGGUAUAUAAUUAUAUGGACUCGGAAAAUAAAGUUGUCCUAUUUUAUUGUGAUUGGUAUGAUCCAUCUUCCAGAGGAACUAAAAUAGAUAAAAAAUAUAACACUGUUGAGAUACGAAUGGAUCGAAAGUACAAAGAGUAUGACCCUUUCAUAAUGGCACAUAAUGUUAGGCAAGUUUACUAUGUUCCUUAUCCGUCAAUUCAACCAAGUAAACGAGGAUGGUGUGUUGUAAUCAAGUCCAAUCCAAUGGGUUAUAUUGAAUCUGACGGUGUAAUGGAAGAUGAUGUUGCAUACCAAGAUGAUGAGAUUUCACCCAUGAAUGGGGUAAUUGAAAUUGAGGAGAUUACAAGUUUGGGUGAUACUGUGGUUGUGGGUCAACAAGUUGAUGCAACCAUCUUGUUAUCAGCAAAUCAUGUGGAAGAAGAGGAGGAAGAGUCAGGAGACUCUGAAGACGACAAUAUCGUAUCUGAUGAAGACAGUGACGAUUACAAUGAUGAAUAA